AUGCCCCAUGCCCCCUGCCCUCUGCCCCAUGCCGCAUGGCCCUCUUCCCUCCCCCAACCCCAGUGGCUACCGCGUGGGCCCGCGCAGGCUAGUGGGCGUGGGGGUGGUGUCGCGUGCCAUGAAGGGACGACUGGUCGCCACACACUGCAGGUGAGGGCGUACAGGGGGGGGGGCGCACAGGGGGAGGGCGCACAGGGGGAGGGCGCACAGGGGGAGGGCGCACAGGGGGAGGGCGCACAGGGGGAGGGCGCACAGGGUGAGGGCGCACAGGGUGAGGGCGCACAGGGUGAGGGCGCACAGGGGGAGGGCGCACAGGGGGAGGGCGCACAGGGUGAGGGCGCACAGGGUGAGGGCGCACAGGGUGAGGGCGCACAGGGUGAGGGCGCACAGGGUGAGGGCGCACAGGGUGAGGGCGCACAGGGGGAGGGCGCACAGGGGGAGGGCGCACAGGGUGAGGGCGCACAGGGUGAGGGCGCACAGGGUGAGGGCGCACAGGGUGAGGGCGCACAGGGUGAGGGCGCACAGGGUGAGGGCGCACAGGGUGAGGGCGCACAGGGUGAGGGCGCACAGGGGGAGGGCGCACAGGGGGAGGGCGCACAGGGGGAGGGCGCGUUAGUACUGCACUGCACCCUCCUUCUCUCUUGUCGUCGCCCUCCAUUCUUCUCUCUUGCUCUGCCAGCCACUGCCAACACCUGCCAACCAGCACGCUCAAGGACCUUCUUAUGGUUUGGCCCGGCGCUGCUGGCACUGGACUGCUCAGUGAACGUGUCCUACUCGCUGGGGCAGCAGGGGUCCGCCUCGCACCACACAGAGGCCGUUAUCGAGGCCGCCUUUAGCGAGGACGUGCCCAACACAGGGGGCUUCAUGGCUGUGCGCGUUGAAGGGACCGACUUUGUGCUUUACAGGGAAGCUCCUCUCACCUUCCCCAACACGGCCCCAGGUCUCCCUUUCCCCUUCCACUCGGUGCUGUGCCUCCUCCCAUCCGCGCGCAAUGCAUCGGUCCCCGUGCAUCUGCUGCGCGAGGCGGUGGAGUACCACCGCCUGCUGGGCGCCGCCGUGGUGGCGCUGUACGACAGCGGCGGGUGGCUCGCCGUGGAACUGCAGGAGCGCUUCCACACCGACUUUGAGCGCAGGGUGGUGCGCCGUACGGAUUUCACAGGCGUGAAGCAGUUUGACCUCGAGAGGAACGGACAGGUGCUAGCAAUGCACGACUGUGUGCACCGCCAUGCCUUCACGGCGCGCUGGGUCAUCCCAGCCGCCAUCAACGAGUUCCUCUUCGUCGGCCUCCCCCCCGCCUCCAUCCCCUCCUUCCUCGACCCCUUCGCCUACCCCGCCACCUCCUCCUCUGAAACCGCCCUCUCAGACCCCCUCGUCGACUCUGCCGCCACCGCCGCCGCCGCCGCGGUAACCGCAUCUGGAGGCUCGGCAGCCGCGGCCGCCGAAGCUGCAGCGUAUGCUCGGGCGGUGCCGUGGGUGAGCGUGGGCAGCCAGUGGUGGUCGACGCGGCUGUGCGCGCUGCCGUUCCGCGUGCCUGAGGGCGAGGCGUUCUCGAUGGAGCGCAUGGUGUUCCGCUGGCCCUACCCUGUCUGCCACGACCGCAUCCGCUUCCCCGACCCCCACCUCUGCCCCGGGGAGGCUGGCUUCCGCCGUCUCAUCAUGGAUCCACGCAAGAUUUCAGCGCUGGGACUGCACGAGGCGGAGUCAGCAUCACGAGUGAGGGGGGUGCACGUGAGGAGCACAAAGGCCAACUUCAACCACCUGCAGGACGCCGUCAUGGACCCCACCGCGUGGUGCCAGGACACGCUGCUCAAGAACGAGGUGCCGGAGUUCUAUGUGCGAGACGUCUACCUGCGGGAGGCAGCCCAGUCGGUGCGGGCGGGGCGAGUCUGCGACUUCACCCGAGGCCGA